CGCUAAUUGUAGUAUACGGUGCUUGUCAGUUUGACUGAUUCAUAUCCCACUUCCAAUCACUGCUGAAAGUGCGUAUUGCUGAUCUUCAGCUGUUUUCGCACUGUUUCUCUCAAGGGAUGCAUCUUUGAGCAAACUGUCAAUGCAAGUACCAGCUUGUCACUGACCCAGUGAUAUACUUCCGCGGAGAUUAUUCAUAUGCGCAUGUUGACAACGUCAUUGAAAUUUUACAGAACGAAAUGUUUCUGUUUAGCCGAAUAACUACUCGGAGAUUUAGGACUGGACUGCGUGCUAUGACAACCGUAUCCUCCACAGCCGUUAAGUCUUGUUUGCGAUUCGAUCAAAAUCGUCGGCUAGAUGCCUGGUUGGCCGCACAUGAUGCACAGCAACGAGCGUGUUUUUCUCCAGUCACGGAAAAGGUCACUGUGCAAUAUAUUGGUAAACUUGGACAGCCAUGUGCCCUACAAAUGACUAAGGGGUUAUCAACACCGAUGGACUGCGCCCGCCAUCUCUCCAGCUUGCUGGCAGAACGAAGUGCCAUUGCUUUGGUCGAUGGGCACCCAUGGAGCAUGUUUCAUCCUUUUGUGAAAGAUUGUUCUUUAGAGUUUCUCCACUUCAAAGACUCUCAUAAUGAUCCAACUCCGGCGAAUGAUGCAUUUUGGCGCUCGGCUUCGUUUCUACUUGCCGCCACUCUGGAAUCCGCUUUUCAUCCCGCACAUGAAGUGCGUGUCAUCAGCAACCCAGUAUUGAAACCUGAAAGCGGCGGCUUUUUCUGUGACAUUGCUUUCACCCCAACCGACUCUACAGGACCCACCCCUUGGAUUCCAUCCGCGGAGGAAUUACGAGCACUGUCCGUUCAUGGACAACGACUAGCCACGUCAAAUAUGAGCUUCGAACCACUCAAUCCUACUCACAGUCUGCUAGAAUCCUGUUUUGCUGACCACCCUAUUCGUCUGGCAGAGAUCUGUAAGGAAUUGUCCCUAGUAACUACAACGUCCGUAGACGAGGACCCAUCAACGCCUCUUUAUGAGGGUGCUGUAUACAAGAUGGGAAGUUUUGUAGAGGCCAGCGCUGGACCUCCCCUGAUCAGUUCCUCGCGGUUGAUUGGUCGUUUUGCUGUCUCCUCCAUCCUUCCCUUGGGCUGGUUAAAGGAUCACACCCCAGAAAGUCAUCACCCUAUCCUUGUCUAUCGCGCACAAGGCAUUGCACUACCUACGGCCUUUAUCACACAUUUUACGACGUUCGAUCGUCUGAUUCACUGGUCAAGGGAAGCAAAUACUGAAGCGCCUAAGAAAGCAGCUUACAUUGUAGAUUUUUAGCGUCACACGCACGUGUGAUUGUACAGUGCUUUUUAGAAUAUAUAUGUGUAUUUUCAAG